AUGGUGGGAAGACGGCGCCGUGCCUCCACGUCGAGCGUGGAGAGUGUCGACGAGAGCCAGAUCCGCUGGCGUCAAGAGGUCUCCGUCGUGCGCUCCGUCCCCAAGGACGAGUCACCCGACGACUGGCCCAUAUUCGAGCUGCGUGAUGCCGUCGUGCUCAACAAGGAUGGCAAGUCGCUCGAGAAUGCGUUGCACGUGGGCAUCAGAGGGCCUUUCAUCGUCCGGGGCAACCUCAUCAUCGACGAUGCGUCGCAGAGAACUCACCUGAUCAUGAGGGUGCGGAGUUCGACUCCCAUCGAGAUCCGCCAGUGCAUCACAUACUCCAUCGGCGAGUCUCCAGACGGAAGUCCCAUCAUUUGGGUCUCUGGAAAGGGCGGCUGGUACGAGAUCAACCCGGCGCCCAGAUACCGCGAGAUACACCGAAAGAUGUGCGAGGCUACAACCCUCUACUACACCCUUCAGGACAUAUACAGCGAAGAACCGCCCAAGAAGACCAAGAAGUCAAAGCAGCCUGCCUUGAUGGACGAACUCUCGGGUGUGUUCUUCAAGUACGCCCUGAACGUUGGUGACGGCAGCACUCUGGAGGAGGUCAUUGAGCGUUGCCACGAACAUGCUGGCUUCUUCAUCUGCAAAUUCCAGCAGGAUACCUUUGACUGGUCCGCCACGGCCUUCCAUCGAUGGCUUACAGCGGAGCAUGAGGAUCUUGCCAAGACGAUUAAGGAUGUACUUGAUAACCCCCGCAAGUUGUCGCCGAUACCCUCAAGCAAGGCUCUUAGCCCGAGGCCGCAACAAAGCCUCACGCCCUUCACCCCAAGAGACAGCGCCGAUAGUCCGCCGCAAGGGCUGGUCAAGAGAUCAAGCUCCAUUGUCGUUCCCGUCAACAAGCCUGUUCCCCAGCUUGCCAAGGUUCGGGCUGCGAGAGCCGAUCCAGAAGGGAGUCAGACUCCCCUUACAUCAACAGCGCCACCCUUAACCACUCCGCCGACGGCAUCACAAGCCGCAACUCCUCCUCAACCCCCUGCCAACAGCACUGAUGAUGACGAUACACCCUUCGCCUCGAUGCUGAAGGCUAUGGAAAUCGUCUAUGACGAGCAGGCUGGCAAGAAGAAGGGCCUCCUCGCCAGUGCGGUCAUGAGCAAACUCUACUUUGCAUACAAGUUUCCCAACUACAAGGACGGCACUCCGGGGUGCUAUAAAGUGCCUGUCAGGGAAGUGUUGCACUAUUACGCGUCCGAUCUCCUACGGACUCUGGACGCGAGCAAGUGGCAAGAACAUGAAAUCUGGUCAUUCCUUCAAAAAGUCUCCCAAACCGAGUUCAAAACCGUCGCCUACAAGAUGUCGGACUUCCCGGUCAGCAUGGUGCCGCGCAAGCAGAUGUCUCGGGUGCCGAAGCAAGACCACACUCAGCCGCAGGCGCCCCAGGCAUCUGCCAGCCGAGCCGACGAUGAUUCCGACAGCACGCCUAUACCUCAGGGUAAAGGCCUCAAGGGCCGCCCGAGGAGCAGCCUACGGCCCAUCUCGACCAAGAAACGGCCCCGGUCUCAACUAGAGACCGAUUCGGAGUCAGAGGAGGCGGGAGCCAAGAAGUCGCACUUCUUCUCUGAUGAAGACGAUGCCAUGGACGGCGUCCUGUCCGCCGAUGCCGCGACGAAUGGAGACAGUGCCCCCGCGGUGUCGAGCCCGGAGCCCAUACCCCUCGUCAUCCGAGCCGAGAAGAUCCCGUCAACGGUGCCACAAGGUCCCAAGGAUACGUGGCUAUGCGACCAAGACGGCUGCGAUUACAUCGUUCGCGGCGGAGACGACUGCCAGGCACGCAUCCAGGACCACUUCCGAGACCACGAGCAGCAGCUCGAGAGGGUCAGCCUGGCCAUGACAGAGAGCCGAGCCGGCCACAUGCCUAUAAAUCACCUGCUCGAAAAAAUCAAGCGCCUGGGCGACAAGAGCCAGCAUCACCAGGCCGACGCCACCGGGCUAGCCGUUCCCCAACCCAUCAAACGGAAACUGAUAGUGUGA